AUGCCGAAACUUUUCCCCGCGAUGAAGUCUAGUGGCACGCAACAACUUUUCCCUGGUGCAACUCCAAAAGUGGCUAAUGCAAAAGCGGGUGAAGAUUCAGCGCCAGUGCCAAGCCCACUUUCUGAUACAACACAAAGUAGUAAUGCAAGUAGUAGAAACUUAAGUGCAUUUGCUGGCACUGCUGGAAUAGCUUUGCUCGCCUUUGGUUUGGUCGGAUUAUUUAUUCAUCGUAAAAGGAAUGCGGGUAACAAAAAAGAUGCAGAAAUGCUUGGCUCGAGUGGUACUUUUAACAAUAAAAAACCACCUGAUUCACCUAAUAUGUUACAAUUAAUGGAUACAAAUAAUGUUGAGAAUUCGAAAGAAACUAGUUAUGACACAUAUUCAAAUGAAGUAAAUAUUCCAAGUUUAGAACCACUUAGUCCACUACAAUUAUCCCCUAACAACAACCUAGGUUCAGAAAUCCUAAAUGAUGCACCUAUCAUUCCUCCACUCGUAUUUGCAAAUAAUACAAAUAAUCAUUCUCAGGAUAUCAAUACACAACCUCCUGCCAGACAAUCAUUUUAUGGUGAAUCGAUGUAUUCAACAAUUUACACUACAAAUCAGCCCCUUUCCUUACCAGAACCAUCACAAUCUAAAAGUUCUUUUGUGGAUUUAUCACGUUCAACUGCUUAUCCACAAUCAAUUCCGGAGGUUCCUGUUCCAUUCGUCGCUGUUUCUACCACAUCUGAUAUAAAUAAUUAUGACAAUAUUAAAGAAACUGUCAGAUAUUCAAUUGAAGGUGCUAAUUUAGAUGAUGCAGAUAAUUAUAAUUAUCUAGUAGAAUCUGAAUUCAUAAGACCGGAUUCAUUUCUUCUAAACGACUCGAUGAAUAGUCCUCUCGAUGAAAAAACAAAUAGUCCCAUGCAUAGUGAACUAAUGAAUAAUACUUCUACUUACUUACCUACAAAGUUAAAUGAUGUUGCAAUUGAAACAUCUGUCGUUCCAACUGCAUUUGAUUCUAAUAUUAAAGAUCAACCUUUUAUUGAAAGCAACAGUAUUUAUCAAGAUUCAGGAAAUGAGAAUCAAUCAAAUAAAGUUUACCCAAACCAGAACAUACAGAUGGAUUACGUCGAACCCAAUCAAGGAACGAUUCAUAUAGAAACGUUGGAUCUCAAUAUUACUGAUAGUACUUUGGCUCCAGUUAAAGAAUCAUUUGACACUCAACCAAAUAAAAUAUAUGAUGUAACAGAAGGUGAUCUCAAUGAUACUUCAUCUCUAGAAUCACCUAUUGAAAAACCAAAUAUACAAAUAAUGAAAACAGAAAUUGUACCUGUUCAGUCUAAUAUGCAAAUUGAAAAUAUUCAAGAUAUGAUUGAAAAUAAUUCAGAAAACACGAAUGAUCCCUCAUCUGAUACUGGUUCUCCUCCGCAAACAUCUGAAACAAAUCCUACUCCUCAAAUGAUGACUCCAGCUACAACCGUUUUUGUCAACCCGAUUCAAUCUAAAAUGAUAAUUGAAAAAGUAGAUAAUGAACCUCAACCAACAUUAAAUAAACCUUUUAUAUCAACUCCGUCUGCUUAUAUUGCCGAACGUGCAUCAGCAUUUACGCAAUCAGCUACUCCAACAACUGUAUCUAAAAAAUCUAAAAAGGGUGCACAAAAGAAUAAAGGAGUUACAGACGUAGAUGAGAAAAAUAGAUCAUCUGCGGAUAACGGUCCAAACAAAGUGGAGCCAAAGAAGCCUGCUCAUAGAGAUUCAGAUCAAGAACCUGUUCCUAGAAAAUCGAUCUUGAAAAAUAAAGUGCAAAAACCUCAAGUACCUCAACAAAUACCACCAAUGCCUCAAAUACCAGAGGAUCUUAAAAUAUCUAAUGAACUUACAGCAACUAAUAAUCCUGUGGAAAAAUCAGAAGCGUUAUAUCGAAGUCCAACUUUUAGUAUGUAUAAAAUGUAUGAUGAUUUACCUGGAG